AUGUACGACGACUACGAUCGUAAUGAUCCGAGACGCUUGAGUUAUAUAACCUCCUCUCUCAACGAGUCAAUAACAACCAUCCCGCUCGCCGCCGAAGGAUCUGAAUCCUCUCUUUCUCCGUCCUCGCCACUGCAUCCAUCCUCGACAGGCGUCCAAGCGAAGCAGACACAUGGAAACCAGCGGCCGCCGCUUGUUGCAAAUCGGUCGUUUGACUUGGAAAGUGAUCCGGGUAAUGCCGAUAGCUCUCGACUGCCAUCGGACACUGCAACGUCCUCUUUUCCUCUCAAUGAUAUCGACUACGAAUCGAACCCUGCAGCUGUCGCUCAGGAAUUGAACAAUCUCGCCGCGAUUCGGCGCAUGUCGAUGGAUGUGGCAGCCGCCGGUGACCCUGACCUCCCAGGCUUCGCACCACCCUCGCCCUCGGCCGACGAAAAUGACGCCUCCCGGUUAUUUUGGGUUCCUGCGCGACUGCACCCUGAACUGGCACCGAAAGAAUUCAAGUCGUUUCUCGAUAGCAAAGCCGACCAAAUCAAGCGCAGAUCCAGUGACUAUUCGACUCCGGGUUCCGAACGUCAGGGGUCGGGGAGUGGUCUUAAUCGCAAACGAUCGAUGUUAUCGAGACAAAUCGACAGUCCAUCGGGUUAUACAGAUGGCGCGGAUCGGUUGGAACGUCAACGCUCCCAAUCAACUAGGCGAGCUGGCAUGUUAAGUCCCAACCUGCAACAGUUGGAGAGCUUGGUUGAUGAUUCGAACACGGUGGACAAAGAACUACUUGUGCACGGCAUGCAUAACAUCGACAUCGCAGGAAACGAGGACAUGCCGAUACUGCCACCCGCACCUCUGGGAAACAGCCUACGCCGGUCAACGCGGACACAAUAUAAGAAAGCUGGUAGUUUGAAAAAGGGUGAAAAGUUGCCCUAUUCUAAACGAAUUGGACGGGGGACAUCUGAACCCGGAGGGAGUGAUACAGGAAAACCGGUUUUUAUAUCUCAGGAUCCUACAAUUUCGGGGCUCACUGGUGUUUCGACUGAUCCUUCCCCUAAACCGUCAUCUCAUGGCCCAGCUUACUCCCCAAGUUCACCCGUGAGUUCGACUUUCGAUUCAAUCAUCGAUCAGCCUGAGGCCGAGCAGGAAGGCUUGCCCACCUCUGGUGGGCAACCGGAUGCAACUUUUGAUCAAUCCGAUUCAGGAGACACGAUUAAUCCACGGAAAUGGCACUCUCGUGUCAGCUCGAAUGGCCGAUCUACCUCGAAUGCAGCCCCAGGUGACCCGAAGAUUCCUGCAAUAAUUGAAACACCUCCCACCACUGAACCCAACCGCGUACCCAGUCCGCCUUCGCAGGGUAAAGUGUCACCAGAUCAUGCCGCGGCAUCUACACCGUCGUCAAAACCCACGCCUUCGCAUGACCUGGCACCAAAACGUCCCAAGAAUCCUCGCCAGCCUCCUCACGAACCUGAAUCCUCACCCAAUGACUUAGCCAAUAACCCUCAGAUGAUACCUAAAAACAGUAACCGCACCGACAGUCUUCCACCCAUCCCUACCAUUUCAGAAGAACGCAAACCUGAAGAACGAAAAUCUGAGACCAAGAAACCAAAAGACAAAAAGGACUCCGAUGGUAGUCGCAAGUCUAGUUGGCACUGGUUGCUGGGCAGCGAAGAAAAAGACAAGAAGAAGGACAAGGAUAACGACUCGAAAAAGAUUAAGUCAAAGAUUGUCGACAAAUCCCAUGACAACACACGUCUAGACGUUUUACAAUCAUCUAAUGAGAGCACUUCGCGGGGACGUGAAGGUCUUGUUGUGGACCGCCUUGAUCCGAAGCUCGAAGAAGAACGACGCAAAGACGGCGUCAGGAGGGCAUCGGGAGACUCAAAGAAAGAAAAGGAUGGCAUUUUCUCUUCGAUUUUUGGCGGUGGACGAAAGAAGCACAGUGUUGAAGGCCACCACCGAAAACACUCAUCACGAAACCUUUCUCCUGAUCCCCCAAUGCGAGUACUUCGCGCCGACGUUGAUUAUCCAUGGUCUCGCUUCUCAAUUUUGGAGGAGCGAGCUAUUUACCGGAUGGCCCACAUCAAGCUUGCGAACCCCCGAAGAGCUCUGCAUUCUCAAGUAUUGCUGAGCAACUUCAUGUACUCAUACCUAGCCAUGGUACAGCAGAUGCACCCGCAGAUGUCGGUUGCUUCAUCUGGAUCAUCCCAGAGAUCAUCGAAAUCAAGGGAUCAGCAAGCUGAGUAUGUGCAAUAUCAGCGGUACCAACAGUCUCAAGAGCAACAACACUAUGGAGAAAGUGCCUAUGACGAUUCUUCCAUGUACGACUAUGAUGACGAUCCGCAUGAUCGCCAUGGUAGCCAUUCGAGGAGCGGCAAGCAGGGCUACGAAAAUGGCCAAGCUUACGGCCCCGGCCACCAGCCGCCCGAACAUUCGUCCUUUGGCGACGACAUCCAACUCGAUGACGACGAUGACGAUGAUAUGUGGUAA